GAAGAGACAAUGCAGUUGCAGUUUGUGGUUUAGCGUGUUUUGCUAAUGUUUUAAACGUAUCGCGAUGAAUAAGUGUCCUCGAUGUGGCUGUGAGGCGGCUGGAGAGAACCGCUUGGUGACUGAUAGUUGUGGGCACAGCAAGUGCCGCGUCUGCCUGUUAGCAGAUAAAACUGAUUGCCUUGAGUGCCGAGUUGCGAGCCAGCAAAGUGAAAGGAUUCGAGACAGACAGGAAAGCAAGACCAUAACUUCUGCGGAUAAGCAAAUCAUUAUUACUGACCAAGGCUACCACUGCACAGUAUGCAAAAAGGACUUUCGCAGUCGGACUCAGCAAUACUAUCAUCUCGCCUGCGGCAACGAUCUUCUCAAGAAAUUCAGCUGCAAGGAAUGCGGUCGCAGGUUUGCGAGUCGGUCCCAUUUAAAAUACCACAUAAGCAGUCAUGAGAAUCAACCAAAGCACUCGUGCAGCGUAUGCCAAAAAAGUUUUAAGCAGCCUGCUAUUCUACAGCGCCACUUACUAACGCACAAACCAGAGCAGCACAUGUGUCAUAUAUGCCAGAAGGUUUUCCGACGCAAGAGCUCCCUUGAAAGUCAUAUGACGAUUCACAGCGAACUCGGCCUACAGUACAAAUGCGAACUGUGUUCAAAGCACUUCCAGAACAAGGCCAAUUUGAACCAGCACUUUCGUAAGCACGACAAGAACAGCAUUCGGCACAAGUGCAAAGUUUGCCAGAAGUCCUUUCUACGCCAAACCACGCUUCGACUACAUAUGAAGCGUCAUUCGAAUCGUGAGCGCCAGUCUUGCUACCUGUGCGGUAAAAGUUACAACGACGCUGAUGCGCUUAGUCGCCACUUAAGGCAACAUAAGACCGUUGAACGCUACCGCUGUAUCCAAUGUGACAUCACGGUCAACCGGAAAGACAACAUGCUCCGCCACCUGCGCUCAAUGCAUCCUGGAUGUGCGUUUGAGAGUGGUGUGGAGAUUGUUACACCCGGACCCAAUACUCAAAAGGAAACGGAGGCGGAACAACCAGCCGAAAUUGUGCGUUACAAUAGCGUAAUUCAAAGCGUGGGAAACGUGGACCCAGUAGUGUUACCGCAAACUCCGCUACUACCAACUCCACUUCCCGAACUGCAACUCGAGCAAGCAAAAACUGCAUCAGAACACAUGCCACUGCCGGAUGUUAUGCCUGAGGAGAACGUCCUGCUUUAUCGCAAGAUCAUCUUGGACUUGGACAACGAAGAGUAUUCAAAUGAGCCUAGCCCCGACGAUGCUCAAGAACCAAUCUUGCAGCAACGUCAGCCGCGUGGCCCCGGGCAAGGCAGCUCCAAAUUUAGCGAAAUGCACUGGCGCAAGAAUUUCAAGUAUUGGUACCAAAACGAAGAAAACACAAAUUGA